CCCUCCUGCAUAAUGACGGUGGCAACAGGAGAUCCCUCAGAUGAGGCAGCAGCACAUCCAGGACACCCUCAGGACUAUGAUGUAGAGGGAGAACAGGAAUGCUGCGAAAGAGUUGUCAUAAACAUUUCAGGCCUGCGCUUUGAGACACAGCUCAAGACCCUCUCACAGUUUCCUGAGACCUUGCUUGGUGAUCCAAAAAAGCGAAUGAGAUACUUUGACCCUUUAAGGAAUGAGUAUUUCUUUGAUAGAAACCGGCCAAGCUUUGAUGCCAUCCUCUACUACUACCAAUCUGGAGGAAGGUUACGGCGUCCUGUGAAUGUGACUCUGGAUAUAUUUUCAGAAGAAAUUCGGUUUUAUGAGCUUGGAGAGGAAGCUAUUGAGAUGUUCAGGGAGGAUGAAGGGUUCAUAAAGGAAGAAGAGAGGCCUUUGCCUGAUAAUGAGUUUCAGAAACAGGUCUGGUUGUUGUUUGAGUAUCCAGAAAGUUCAGGACCAGCAAGGAUUAUCGCCAUCAUAUCUGUCAUGGUGAUUCUUAUUUCUAUAGUCAGCUUCUGUCUGGAGACUCUGCCUAUAUUCCGUAGUGAUGAAGAGAAUAUGCAUAAAGUCCACACAUAUAAUAGUAACUCCACCACAAACUAUGUGUCCACGUCCUUUACUGACCCUUUCUUCAUCCUGGAGACACUGUGCAUAAUCUGGUUCUCCUUUGAGUUCCUGGUUCGUUUCUUUGCCUGCCCCAGUAAAGCCAGCUUCUUUGUGAACAUAAUGAACAUGAUUGAUGUGGUGGCUAUUAUCCCCUACUUCAUUACACUAGGAACAGAACUGGCAGAGAAAGCAGAGGAUGGCCAACAAGGGCAGCAGGCCAUGUCUUUAGCCAUCUUGCGAGUCAUCCGACUAGUGAGGGUCUUCAGGAUCUUCAAGCUCUCACGUCAUUCCAAGGGACUCCAGAUUCUGGGACAAACCCUGAAGGCCAGCAUGAGAGAACUUGGGUUGCUUAUCUUCUUCCUCUUCAUUGGAGUCAUCCUCUUCUCCAGUGCUGUCUAUUUUGCUGAAGCAGACGAACCUGAAUCCCAGUUCUACAGCAUCCCAGAUGCCUUCUGGUGGGCUGUGGUUUCUAUGACAACUGUUGGCUAUGGAGAUAUGGUGCCCACUACCAUUGGUGGCAAGAUUGUUGGCUCUCUUUGUGCCAUUGCUGGAGUGCUGACCAUUGCCUUGCCAGUGCCUGUCAUUGUCUCAAAUUUCAACUACUUCUACCACCGUGAAACAGAGGGUGAGGAGCAAGCCCAAUAUCUGCAGGUUAACACCCCCAAAGCUGAUUCCCAAGAAGAGCUAAAAAGAAGUCAUAGUGGUUCUACCAUCAGUAAAUCUGACUAUAUGGAGAUCCAAGAAGGCGUGAACAACAGCAAUGAGGACUUCCAGGAGGAGGACCUCAAAAAAGGCAAUUGCACUUUGGCCAACACAAACUAUGUGAAUAUCAAAAAAAUGCUGACUGAUGUAUAA